AUGGCGAAUGAGGAUGAGGAGGACGAGGACGAGGACGACGACGACGAGGAUUUGGAGGGUGCGGAGGGUGAAGAGGAGAGUGAGGAUGACGAUGAGGACGGUGAGGGCGAGGAGUUGGAUGGUGAGAUUAUUGAGGAGGAGGAUCAUGAAGAGGAGGAGGAGGAGGAGGAAGGGCCGAAGAGAUCGGCGCCACCGAAGAAGAAUAAGCAGAGGGUGCUUUUGCUGAGUUCUAGGGGUAUUACCCACAGACACCGCCACCUCCUGACAGACCUGCACGCGCUCCUCCCGCACUCGAAAAAGGACGCCAAGCUGGACAACAAGCACAAGCUUCACGUCCUCAACGAGCUUGCGGAGCUCAACAACUGUAACAACUGCAUCUACUUUGAGAUUCGGAAACACACCGACUGCUAUCUAUGGAUGAGCAAGACGCCCAAUGGGCCCAGUGUCAAGUUUCAUGUGCAGAAUGUGCACACAAUGGACGAACUCCGCAUGACCGGCAACGCCCUCAAAGGCUCGCGCCCAAUCCUUUCGUUCGACAAGAACUUUGACCUGCAGCCGCACCACCAGCUACUGAAGGAGAUGUUUACCCACAUCUUUGGCAGCCCGCGCACGUCCCGCAAACUCAAACCGUUCAUCGACCAUGUGCUCAGCUUCUCCAUUGCGGAUGAUAAGAUCUGGUUUAGGAAUUAUCAGAUAAUUGAAAAACCCUCCGACAACCCCAAAAAGAAAUCGACCCCCGAACUAACCCUCAUCGAAAUCGGCCCCCGCUUCGUCCUCGCCAUCAACCGCAUCUUCGACGGCUCCUUCGGUGGUUCAACCCUGUACGAGUCGCAGACGUUCAUCUCCCCCAACGCCGUGCGGAGGGCGAAACGCCAGGAGUUGAGCGAGACGUAUAAACGCAGGAGGGAGACGGAGGAGAGGAAGGAGGUCAAGAGGGAGUUGUUGAGGGGGGUAGGGAGGGAUGAGAUUUCUGAGGGGGUUUUUGAGUAA